AUGCUGCAGCUCCCCCUGGUGGUGACGGCUCAGGUGGACCUGGUUCUGGUUCUGGUCUCCCUGCUGGCCCUCUGGACCAGGCUGAGCCACCUCAGCUACCCGAACGCUGUGGUGUUCGAUGAGGUCUACUACGGCCAGUUUGUGUCCCUCUACAUGAAGAGAGUCUUCUUCAUCGACGACAGCGGGCCGCCGCUCGGUCACAUGAUCCUGGCGCUCGGAGCCUACCUGGGAGGAUUCGAUGGGAACUUUGUGUGGAACAGAAUCGGAGCAGAGUAUCCCAGCGGCGUGACUGUGUGGAGCUUACGGGUUCUGCCAGCUCUGUGCGGAUCUCUCUGUGUUCCUCUGGUUUACCUGCUGACUCUGGAGAUGAGGUUCUCUCACCUGUCGGCUCUAGGAGCUGCCGUUCUGCUGCUGCUGGAGAACUCUCUGAUCGUCCAGUCACGGUUCAUGUUGCUGGAGUCCGUUCUCAUCUUCUUCGUGCUGCUGGCGUUCUUCUCAUACCUGCGCUUCCACAACGCCCCCACCAGCUCCUGGUUCCGCUACAUCUGGCUCCUCCUCUGCGGCAUCUCCUGCGCUGCGGCUGUCGGGGUGAAGUACAUGGGCGUGUUCUCCUACCUGCUGCUGCUGGGCGUGGCCUUUCUGCACACCUGGAACCUGAUUGGAGACCGAACUAUCAGUCACCUGAGUGUGUGUGUGCAGUGUGUAUGUAGAGUUGUGUGCCUGUUAGUGGUUCCUGUUCUGCUCUAUGUGUUCUGGUUCUACAUCCACCUGAGCCUCCUGAACCGCAGUGGACCACAUGACCAGCUGAUGAGCUCCGCCUUCCAGGCCAGUCUGCAGGGCGGUCUCUCCAGGAUCACUCAGGGUCAGCCUCUGGAAGUUGCUUAUGGCAGUCAGGUGACUCUGCGAAGCGCCGCCUCCCAGCCAAUCCCCUGCUGGCUCCACUCACACAAGGCCAACUACCCAAUCAGGUAUGAAAAUGGGCGGGGCAGCUCCCACCAGCAACAGGUCACCUGUUACCCCUUCAAGGAUGUCAACAACUGGUGGAUCAUCAAACACCCUGGCAGACAGGAGCUCGUGGUGGACACGCCUCCUCAACCUGUCCGUCAUGGUGAUGUCAUCCAGCUGGUUCACGGUAUGACAUCACGCUUCCUGAACAGUCAUGAUGUCGCAGCUCCCAUGAGUCCUCAUGCUCAGGAGGUUUCCGGCUACGUGGACUUUAACGUGUCCAUGCCGGCGCAGAACCUGUGGAAGGUGGAUAUCGCCAACAGGGAGGCGGAGUCAGAGGUGUGGAAGACGAUCCUGUCUGAAGUCCGAUUGGUCCACGUCAACACCUCCGCUGUGGUCAAGCUGAGCGGUGUGUCUCUCCCAGACUGGGGUUUCCGUCAGCUCGAGGUCGUAGCAGAGAAGCUGUUCAAAGCUCACAGCAGCAGUUUGGGGUGGAACGUGGAGGAACACCGAUAUGGAACCAGUCAGGAGCAGAAGGAGCGGGAGGCGGAGCUUCACUCUCCGACGCACAUCGACGUCGACAGAAAAAUUUCUUUCUGGGCCAAGUUUGUGGAGCUGCAGUGGAAGAUGCUAACGGUGAAACAGGAAGAGUCGGAGCACAAAUACAGCUCCGCACCCCUGGAGUGGAUCACCAUGGAAACCAACAUCGCAUACUGGCUGCACGCGACAACCAACGCUCAGAUCCACUUGAUUGGAAACCCGGUGUCGUGGGGCGUGGCCAACCUGAGCCUGCUGGCCUAUCAGCUGCUGGCAGUGGUGUACCUGCUGAGGAGGAGGCGGGGCUUGAAAGACCUACCUGAUGGUACACACUGACACACACUGAGGUUCUGGUUCUGCAGAGAGAU